AUGGAAGAAAUUCAAGUAAACACGAUUGAAACACAGGACACCCGCGAGGGUACUCCCCAAGUUCUUUCGAACAUCGACUCGUGGGCUGCGAUUGCAGACUCGCUUAAAACCACGCUGGGGCCUUACGGCCGCGAUAAAAUGUUCCUUGUGAACGGCGAGAUUCUGAUUACAAACGAUGGCGCUACGAUUCUAAAAAAUAUGAAAAUUGAACAUCCUGCCGGCAGAUUACUGGCCGCUAUCUCUGAGUCGCAGGACAAGGAGGUUGGCGACGGCACAACGAGUGUGGUGUUACUCGCAUGCAGCAUUCUUGAGCAGCUUAAACCACUGAUAAAAGACAGUUUAGACAUCAAGUUCAUAAAAAAUACGCUGCAGGAAAUACAAGGAAAGUGUCUCGAGAGACUGCGGGAUUGCAAAAUUGAUUUCAAUGACGAUCAGUUCUACAGCAUGGCACAGACAUCCCUUACAUCCAAGAUCCUGAAAUACGACAAAUGCAAAUUUGCAGAUAUGAUCGUAAACACGUUCAAACAGAUAGAAGACAUCGAUGAUACGAGGCUGGUUGGAAUAAAGAAGGUGAGCGGUGGAUCUAUCAGUGAUUCAGAGAUGGUUGAUGGCGUUGCCUUUGAAAAAUGCUUUACGUACGCGGGCUAUGAGCAGCAACCGAAAAGAAUUGAGAAUCCAAAAAUAAUUUGCCUGAAUGUUGAACUUGAGUGGAAGCAGGAAAGAGAGAACUGUGAAGUGCGUUUGAAAUCGGUUGAGGACUACCAGGCAAUAGUGGAUGCGGAGUGGAAGCUUGUGCGGGACAAGCUCGAUAGGAUUAUCGAUACGGGAGCGAACGUUGUUCUGUCUUCUUUGCCGGUAGGUGAUUAUGCUACGCAGUAUUUCGCGAGAAAGAACAUAUUCUGUGCAGGUCGUGUCGCCAAAGAAGAUCUUUUUAGGAUUGUUAACGCCUGCGGAGGUAAAAUAUACAAUUCCACCAACUUUUUGAAGAUUUAUGGGACGUGUGCGCUCUUCGAGGAGAAGCAGGUGGGCAAACUGCGGUACAAUUAUCUCAGCGGAGGAACAAAGAAAGCGUACACAUUGAUAAUACGGGGACCUGGUGAGGAUGUUCUGAAUGAGGUGGAGCGUAGUGUCAAUGAUGCGGUGAUGGUUGUUAAGAGAACCCUGAGGAACAAGAAUGUUGUCACUGGCGGUGGUUCAACAGAGAUGGAACUGUCGAAAUAUGUUCGUGAAGAGGGAAAAAGUAUAGCCAUGAAGUCUGCACUGGUGUACUUAGCAGUUGCCAGGGCCUUUGAGAUAAUCCCGUACCAGCUUGCCAAGAACUUCGGUCAAGACGCCAUCGAGAUCAUACAGCAGCUGAGAUACGAACACUCGAACGACAAAAACCACAGUGGUGUCAAUAUAAAAAGAGGCACGAGCGAUAUGCUUGAGGAUGGAGUGCUUGAGCCGCUGCUCGUCAAGAGCAACAUGAUUAAGGCGAGUUUUAACGCAGUAUCUGCGCUGUUGAUGGUUGAUGCGACUAUCGUUAGCAAAGGUAAUUAAAAC